AUGAAACGGUGCUUCGAGCUGGUCCUCCUGGUGCUGCUAAUUCUUCCGGUGAUCACAUCUCUCGCCGAUGCAGCGGACACGAAUGCGACCUCGAGCCGACCUAGAGCCGCUGGCCCUGAUGACUCUCCUGCCGGCACCACCACCCCUCCCAGCACCACCACUCCUCCCAGCACCACCACCCCUCCCAGCACCACCACUCCUCCUGCCACCACCAUUCCUCCUGCCACCACCACUCCUCCUGCCACCACCACUCCUCCCGGUACCACCACCACUGAUGAAGAUGAUAGCACAGAUGGCGGAAGUUUCACCAUCAGCGGCGGCAACAGCAGCAGCAGCAGCGCAAGUGGCAGCAACAGUAGCAACAGCAGCAACAAUAGCACCGGCAGCAGCGGCAGCAGCAGAGCAAGGGCAAGCCCGGUGCCAGCUCCCCCACCAGCGAUUCCGACCUACGGCUGCAACGUGGACUUCACCUCCCUCUCCAACGGGAACAUCACAUCUCUCUCGGCCUGCUCUGGCCCAUCUCCUUCGCCAGACGCGUGCUGCGGGCCGCUGCUGGCGUUCCAGAGGAGCUUCGCUGUGAGAGAGCCCAUGUUCUUCCUCGCUAUCACCACGCAGCCCGAGCUCAACACGCCCUGCAGGAAGUCCCUCCAGGCGCAUCUGCAGGCGUCCCCUGUCCGCCCGCGCAUUACUGCCAACGUCUUCUCCCUCUGCAACCCUCCCACCAACGCCUCCUCCUCUUCCUCCUCUUCGUCCUCCUCUCGUCGCAGUCUGCUCCCCUUGGUGGCUGUGGAUCCGCCAAGCAACAAGUGCCCGGUGGUGUGGGCGCAGGACGUUGAUCGACUUCAGAACGUAUCUCGCCUGGCCAAGGCCUGCGCCUCAGCAGAUACCGCCUGCUCCAGAUGCGCCUCCACCCUGUCCGCUGCAGCUGCCGCCCUGGCCCGCUACAGCCCAGCUGUAGCAGCGCGCACUGCAGCGAGGGGCAGUGCGGGUAAUGCAACCAUGGCUGCUGCUGCUGAAACCUCAAUUGCACCGUCUGAAGCAGUGAUGGAUGAUUGUGCCCGAGUGACAUUCGUGAGGGUCGCCCAGGCUCAG